UCGUCUGCUGCUAGGCUUUCUCAGUUUGAUUUGGCGGCAAUUUCCCAACAACUGCUUGGAUCGUUGUGUUAAAAAUAUUUCAUAUCAACGUAAUCGUGGUGUUGAUAGAUUUGAAAUUCACGUAUUCUGAAAUUUUUAAUACGCAAUGGCAAGAAGAAGUGCAAGAUUUGCAGAGAAGCUGGCCAAGUCUUCUCCAGUAAAAAUCGCAGAUACUCCAGUUAAAAAGAAAACGACGAUCAGAGAAUAUUUCAAGGCUCCUGAUCCAUAUGUUUCUAUUGAAAAAUUGGACAUAGAAUCUCCUCAAAAGAAGUUGCUUGUUAAACAAGAGUUGAAGCAUGAGCCAGAACCUUCUUUAGAUGACUCUAGUGAAUCAGAUGGUUCAGAUGGUUCAGAUUAUCAGGAUGGCAUUUCCAGCACCAGGAAAAAAAGUAGUAAAGAGAAUAAGAAUCAAAAUGGUCGUCAGACAAACACUGCACUGUCAGAAUAUGAAAAGCAGAUUCAACAAAAUAUUGAAGAAAGAAAAAAGAUGUUCCAAGAGCUAGUUGGGGCUGCAAAAGAUGAUUUCAUGAAUAUUAUUUCUGCAGAAAAUAAAGAAAAGAAAAAAGCUGUACAGCGUGGACUUAAACGGAAAGUGGAUGAAAGCAUUGAAGUUACACCUUUGAGAAUGUCUCUGAGAAGCAGGAAGCCUCUUAAAGAGGAAUUUGUCAGCAUGAAAGAUGAAGAUGAAAGGAAAGUGAAUACCCCUAAAAACCCUAAAGGAGGACCAUUCACAUUGGCGGAUGCAUACCUAGACCAGGAAUCCGUUGAGGACAGCAAAUUCAUUGAAGAAAUGAUUCCUUUGUUAGAAAAGGAAGGAGAAUUGGAAAAAUUGCCUGCCGAUCAACAAGACUUUUUGAAGUUGAUGAGAAGUUUCAGCAUUCGCGAGGAAGGAGUAGCAAAGGUGACAAAGUCACGGAUCUAUUCCAUGGCUUGGCAUCCAAGUAAUAGCAAGCUUCUAAUCGCCGCGUGUGAUCGGGACGGAAAUAUCGGUUUCUGGGAUAUCGAUAAACAUGAAGAUAAGCAUCAAGGUGUUCGAGCAUUUAGAGUACACAAGCAACCAAUCAACUGCGCAACUUUCGAUAAAUUCAACCCAAUGCGACUAUUGACCACCAGUUACGAUGGUUAUGUUCGAUGCCUAGACAUGCAUUCCAACGUUGUUGAUGAGGUAUACUCCAUCCAAAGAACAAAAAACACUUGGACUGCCUAUCAUGCACAAAAGGACCCGUCAACUUUAAUCGUUUCACAGUCGAAUGGAGAUGUUGUGGUAGUUGACGUCCGCACAAAGCCUAGCAAGGUGGAGAACGUAAUUCAUUGUUUUGAAAUGAGUGCUCGUACGGUUAGCUUACAUCCACAAGACGAUAAUCUUUUCAUGACAUGCAAUCGCUACGGAGAAUUAGGUAUAUUCGAUAUGCGAUACACAUCGAAUAACGACGAUGAACUUGCUGAUCCGGUAAUUAGCUUUCCAAAAGCCCCUAAAGGAGUCCACGGCGCAUUCUUCUCUCCUAUCACCGGGCAGUAUGCUCUGAUUACGUGCACGGACGAUACGUUAAAGUUGUAUGACGUCCAGAAAGGCAAAGCUGAAGUAGAAUGUAUCAAGUCCAUCAGUCACAACAAUUUCACUGGACGUUGGCUCACUUCAUUUAAAGCCGUGUGGCACCCUCAACGAGAGGACGUCUUUAUCGUUGGUAGCCUGGAACAUCCAAGACGGGUUGAACUUUACGGGGCCCCUACUGGCACGCUCCUUCAUAAUUUCAGUGGGGCCUUCCUGGGAACAAUAACUUCAAUAAACGAAUUCCAUCCUACCGUGCCUAUUUUUGCUGGUGGUAAUUCAAGCGGCCGAGUCAACAUUUUCCGAUCUUAAUUGUGGAACCCAUUCCCAAUGUUUACACAUGACUGUUCGUAUCGUAUGAAGUUCAAAAAUUUCUGGAAUGAUACGCUUUUUAUUUGGAGCGUCUUAGGUUUUUUGCGAUUCUUGAAAUUGUUUUGUAUGUUUCAUUCGGAAGAAAGUAUACCUCCAAAUUGUUAUUAUCCCAUUAAUUGUAUGCCUGCUGCGUUUCCAGAGUCCACUCAGAAUACCAGAAAACGUUUUCCGUAAA